AUGUCUUUCGCUGACCUAUCUAUCUCACACUGUCCGUUAUCUAUCUAUCUAUCUAUCUAUCACACGAGUUUUAAAUGUCUUUCGGUGACCUAUCUAUCUAUCUAUCUAUCUAUCUAUCUAUCUAUCUAUCUAUCUAUCUCAGUUUGUCCAUUAUCUAUCUAUCUAUCUAUCUAUCUAUCUAUCUAUUCAUCUAUCUAUCUAACUAUCUAUCUAUCUCAGGUUGUUUAUUAUCUAUCUAUCUAUCUAUCUAUCUAUCUAUCUAUCUAUCUAUCUAUCUAUCUCAGUUUGUCCAUUAUCUAUCUAUCUAUCUAUCUAUCUAUCUAUCUAUCUCAGUUUGUCCAUUAUCUAUCUAUUCUAUCUAUAUCUAUCUAUCUAUCUAUCUAUCUAUCUCAGUUUGUCCAUUAUCUAUCUAUCUAUCUAUCUCAGUUUGUCCAUUAUCUAUCUAUCUAUCUAUCUAUCUAUCUAUCUAUCUAUCUAUCUAUCUAUCUAUCUAUCUCAGUUUGUCCAUUUCAUCUAUCUAUUCUAUCUAUCUAUCUAUCUAUCUAUCUAUCUAUCUCAGUUUGUACAUUAUCUAUCUAUCUAUCUAUCUAUCUAUCUCAGUUUGUUUAUUAUCUAUCUAUCUAUCUAUCUAUCUAUCUAUCUAUCUAUCUCAGUUUGUCCAUUAUCUAUCUAUCUAUCUAUCUAUCUAUCUAUCUGUCUAUCUAUCUAUCUAUCUUACGAUCGAUUUGUAUCUGUUCCUUCCAGGCCCUUGUUUGUUUCUUUUUUUAUCUUAUUCUUUACAAAUCCCCACCUUUUUUUUUUAUCUUUUAUUGUCUUCCUUUUGUUUAUGAAAGCACAAAUUGGAGCGUUUCACAGGCAAGGGAGAGGCGGGAAAAUAGUGUCGUUUCCGGUCGGCCAUUGUUACACUGUCGUUCUUCACUUCAUUUCUCUCUCUCUCUCUCUCUCUCUCUCUCUCUCUUCUCCUUGUCUCCCCACUGUAACUUACUUUCAGUUUUCCCCACCCACAACUUUCACAACUCUCAGUGCGAAUCUUACUUUCUUAUUUUCUUUCUUCGUUUCUCUUUUUCUUUCUCGUUUUCAUUUUAUCUUUCCUUCUCUUUUUUAUUCUUUCUUUCCUUUCUUCAUUCUUUCUUCAUUCUUUCUUUCUUGUUUCUUUCUUUCUCUUUUUCAUUCAUUCUUUCUUUCUUGUUUCUUUCUUUCUUGUUUCUUUCUUUCUCUUUUUCAUUCAUUCAUUCUUUUUUUCUUUCUUUUUCUUUCUUUUUUUUUUUUCUUUUUUCUUUCUCUUUUCUUUGUUUUUUUCUUUCUUUCUUUCUUUUCUUGUUUCUUUCUUUCUUGUUUCUUUCUUUCUCUUUUUCAUUCAUUCUUUCUUUCUUGUUUCUUUCUUUCUUGUUUCUUUCUUUCUCUUUUUCAUUCAUUCUUUCUUUCUUGUUUCUUUCUUUCUCUUUUUCAUUCAUUCUUUCUUUCUUGUUUCUUUCUUUCUUGUUUCUUUCUUUCUCUUUUUCAUUCAUUCUUUCUUUCUUGUUUCUUUCUUUCUUGUUUCUUUCUUUCUCUUUUUCAUUCAUUCUUUCUUUCUUGUUUCUUUCUUUCUUCUUUUUCUUUCUUUCUUCAUAUUUUGUUUUAGUUUUUCUUUCAUACUUUCUUUUCCACAAAAUUAAUUUUCUUUUCUUCUUUUCCCCCUUCUCUUUCUUUUCUUCCUUUCCUGUACUCUUUCUUCUCUUUUUUUUUUUUUUGGGGGUGAUUCGGUUUUUCUUUCUUUCUUUCUUUCUUUCUUUCUUUCUUUCUUUCUUUCUUUCUAAUAUCUCAUCAUUUUUCCAUCUCUGUUUCUUCAUUCUGCUUUCCAUACCUUCAUUUUUUCUUCCGAGUUCCCCCCUCCUUUCAUUCCUUCCCCCUCUUAUCUAUUUCCCUUUUUUCUUUUCUUCUCCUCCCCUUCGUUUUCCCCUUUCACUUUUCUUUCUUUUCCUCCUCCUUUCCUCCACCUUAUUUUCUUUCUUUCUUUCUCUCUUUCCUCCUAUCCUUUCCUUCAGCUAUUCCUUCUUUUUUUUCCCCCUUUUUUUUUUCUUCCUUCCUCUCAAAUCCCUUCUUAGGAUUCUUUUCUUUCUUUCUCUUUCCCGCUAA